UGUCCAAAUUUGUGUCCUCACUCGAACUCAAUACCCCCUUUUUAUAACCUCAAAAUCACUCCUAUACAAACAACACUCACCUCACCUUUUUCCAUCAUCAUCUUCUUCUUCUUCAUGUGUUUGUCCAAGCAAGAGAGAGAAAGCCAUGGCACUAGAACCAACUCUACUGUAUCAACAAGACCCUUUUACCUACGGAUUCAAAGAACUCUUCAACUACAACUUAUUAACAGAUUCUGAACCUAACUUUGACUACAAUAACUUCAACCUUCAAAACCAACAACAACAACAACAACAUGGUUUUCUCAACAACCAAACACAGAAUUGGAACAACAACAACAACAACAACAACAACAAUUCUUCACCACAAAUGGAGGAUCAAGUAAAAGCACCAAAGGUUGUCUCAAAUCCAUCUUUAGAUUCCUCAAUAAUUCCCACUCGUUCUCGUUCCAAGAAACGCAGAAUCAAAACAAGUAAGAAUAAAGAAGAAAUUGAGAACCAAAGAAUGACUCACAUUGCUGUAGAACGUAACAGAAGAAAACAAAUGAAUGAAUAUCUCUCUAUUCUAAGAUCUCUCAUGCCUCAAUCUUUCGUCCAAAGGGUUGAUCAAGCAUCUAUAAUUGGAGGGGCUAUUAACUUUGUGAAGAAUCUUGAACAAAGGCUACAAUUUCUUGGAGUUGAGAAAGAGAAAGAGGGUAAAUUUGAUACUACUAUUGUUGCGAAUAAAAGCAAACCCUUUUCUGAAUUUUUCACCUUUCCACAAUACUCAACAAGUGUUUGUGAGAAUUCCUCUGAGACAAAAAUGGGUGGAGAUGAAGUUCAUCAAUCUAGCAAUACUAUUGCUGACAUUGAAGUGACAAUGGUGGAAAGCCAUGCAAAUCUGAAAAUAAGAUCAAGGAAAAGACCAAAACAACUCUUGAAAAUGGUUUCUAGUUUGCAUGGGAUGUGUCUCACAAUCUUGCACCUUAAUGUCACUACAACUCAUGAGUUUGUCUUCUAUUCUAUCAGUGUUAAGGUGGAAGAUGAUUGCAAGUUUGGAUCAGUGGAUGAGAUAGCUUCAGCUGUAUACAAAAUGUUGGAAAGGAUUCAACAUGAGUCAAUAUUGAAUUAAGAUCUAAACUUUAACUUUUUUUUAAUCUUAUGAUCUCUUGAUGAUGGUGAAAAUUAUUUAUUUUCUCUCUUUGUUAAUUUUGUUUUUCGAGAUGAAUCUAAUUAUUGAAAAGCUGUUUAAUAUUUGUUAAAUCUAAUGAUUAUGGCUUAAUGUGGGGGCUCAUUGUAGGAACUUUUGUUUGUUUAUUCCUUCUUACAUAUCUGUUUUUCUAGGAAGUUACUUUUGAACAUUCUUACUUUGUCUUUUUUUUUUCCUUGAGUCAAGGUGGAGAGAGUGUUGAAUCAAUUCUUGAUAUCUUGUUUUCCUAGUGGUAGGCCUUUC